AUGGAUUCAUCUUCUUCAAUUUGUGUUCCGUCGGAAUUAGACGAUUCGUCUACGGGGAGUACUUUUGAGUUUUUUAAACAAGUGUACGCCGAGCUUGAAGAUACCGGCACCUCUUCAGACACUCGUAGGUAUAUCGAUCGAGACCAAGAAGAAUCUCACGCGAUACUAAUGCGUGACUACUUUGUUGAAGACUCAAAGUUUGACGAACCAUUUUUUCGUCAUCGUUUUCGCAUGAGCAAGAGGUUGUUUUUGAAGAUUGUUGGAAAUAUUGAAGCUAAAUUUAGUUACUUUCAAGAGGGGUACGACGCACGGGGUAAAAAAAAGUUGCACCGCUCUUCAAAAGUGCACAUCGGUGAUCAAGCAACUGUCUAUGGGUGA